AUGAUAGCUUCGAACUCUUUCUGCUCAGACUUGCAGUGUGGCAAAAGCACGACUUCUGGUCUCAAAUGUCCAAUUUGUUUGAAGCAAGGAAAUAGUUUGGUCUUUUGCAAUGAAGCAUGCUACAAGAACAGUUACAAGGCACACAAGGCUCUGCAUUGGAAAGACGACAAACCUGAUUCAUACGACCCUUUUCCAACGUUCAAGUACUCUGGUAAGCUGAGGCCAGCAUAUCCUCUGUCGCCAAGGAGAUUAGUGCCCGAUGAAAUCAUGAAACCUGAGUGGGCAGCAAAUGGGCUUCCAGUCAACGAGCAGAAGAACGACUACCUCAACAAAAUCAUCAUUUACAAUAAGGAGGAAAUAAAGAAGAUCAGAAAAGCCUGCAUGCUUGGACGCGAAGUUUUGGAUAUCGCAGCUGCUGCAGUCAAGCCAGGCGUAACGACUGACGAGAUCGAUGAGAUUGUUCACAACGAGACCAUAAAAAGAAAUGCGUAUCCAUCGCCACUCAACUAUUACAAUUUCCCCAAGUCUGUCUGCACCUCUGUGAACGAAGUCGUUUGCCAUGGAAUUCCCGACCAGACGGUGUUGAAAGAAGGCGACGUGGUCAACCUUGACGUCUCAUUGUACUACCAAGGAUUUCAUGCCGAUUUGAACGAGACGUACUAUGUGGGCGAGGAUAUUCCAAAGUCAACGAUUAACGUUGUCGAGACUUCUAGGGAAUGCCUCAAAACCGCUAUCAAGCAUUGCAAGCCAGGAACGACUUUCCAGGAAUUAGGAGACUACAUUGAAAAACAUGCUACCGACAACAAGUGCUCCGUGGUGAAGACAUAUUGUGGACAUGGCGUUGGUCGAUUUUUUCACUGUUCUCCAAAUAUUCCUCACUACGCUGGAAACCGGACAUCAGGAGUCAUGAAACCUGGAAUGGUAUUUACGAUAGAACCAAUGAUCAAUGAAGGGGCAUGGCAAGAUAUAAGUUGGCCAGACGAUUGGACAGCCGUGACAAAAGAUGGGAAAAUCAGUGCUCAAUUCGAACACACACUUUUGGUUACCGAAAAUAGCGUUGAGAUCCUCACCGCAAGAAACAAAAAAUCUCCAGGUGGGCCAAGACAAAGAAUUAAAUAA